AUGGAUGCCAUCGCUGAUACAGUGUUCCAAGGAACCAAAUCGAAGACUCAAGAAAUAGAGGAUACGCCUUCUCUUCUCACUGUUGUGGUUGAUACCAGCAUUCAUUCAUGGGUCCAGCUUACGAAACAACAAUCUGGUAGUGGUUCGGAAGGAAGUUCUGGUGAGAAGCAACUUAUAGAGGCGUUGAAGUCCAUCGUAGUGUUUUUGAAUGCGCAUUUGGCUUUCAAUUCAGGAAACCAGGUGUGCCUCAUUGCUGCACACUCCGAGGGUAUGAAAUAUUUGUAUCCAUCGGCUGAUUCGAAACCUAGUAUGUCUAUGGUAAGUUCUGACAUGUAUAGAGGGUUCCGUAAUGUGGAUGAGAUAGUGGUGGAGCAAUGGUAUAGGUUGUUCAAGGAAGAAUUAGAAGGUCAAGAGAGUAAGGUUUCGAUGAAGAGUAGUUUAAGUGGAGCGAUGUCCAGUGCAUUAACUUACGUGAACAGAAUCCUGAAGGAAAACGAGAAUACAAGCUUGAGAAGUCGGUUGCUUGUGAUAACGUGCGGUACAUCCCAGGGGAAAGAUGAGAUAUUCCAGUAUAUCCCAAUAAUGAACUGUAUAUUCUCGGCAACCAAAAUGAAAUGUUCCAUCGAUGUGGUUAAGAUUGGUGGGGGUAUAGAAAGCACUUUCUUGCAACAAGCAACUGAUGCCACUAGUGGGGUGUACUUACAUGUAGAAAACACAAGAGGUUUAAUUCAAUAUUUAUCAACGGCCAUGUUUAUAGAUCCGUCUUUGAGAAAUGUGAUAAUUAAACCAAAUCAAGGGUCUGUCGAUUUUAGAACUUCAUGUUUUCUAACGGGUAAAGUGGUCGCUGUCGGAUUUGUGUGUAGUGUUUGCUUAUGUGUGCUUUCAGUGAUACCUCCAGGUCAGAAAUGUCCUGCUUGUGACUCGCCGUUUGACAGUAAGAUUAUCGCCAGACUCAGAAGAAAGCCUGUAUUGAGCAAUGGUGUACCGAAGAAGAAAAAUGUUAGUAAUAAAUAG